AUGCUGACGAAGUUCGUUACGCAUUCGUUUCCGGUGUUUCCAUCCACCUCCAAACUUCUCUAUUGCAAUUCCUCGGGACUCAAAACCGCCGGUUCCAGGGUUCAAGUUUCCGUCGAACCUCCUCCGGCUGACUUCGAUUUCAGGGGUGAAAUUCUGAGUGGUUCCCGGGCAGCAAUUGCUGAAAGCCAUCCUCAAUUACUCGACUUGGCCGACAAUGGGAGUUUGGUUCUCAUCAAGAAGAGCCAAUUUGGGCCGGUGCCUCCAUGGCGAACAGAGUUUGUGGAGCCUGAGGCUAUCUGGAUCCUUGGAACUACCCAUAUUUCUCUUGAAUCAGCUGCUGAUGUUGAGAGGGUUAUCCGUGCCGUGAAUCCUGACAACGUUGUUGUGGAACUUUGUAGAAGCAGAGCUGGGAUAAUGUAUACUUCCCCGGAUGGUGAGGCCAACCAGCAGUUGAGAUCAAGCAUGUUUUCUUUGAGUGGGACUGGAUUCUUUGGUGCUGUUGGCCGCAGCAUAGACUUGGGUGGUCAGACUGCUUUAGCAUUGCGUAUAUUGUUGGCAGCAUUCUCUUCAAGAUUAUCUUCCGAAGUCAAUCGUCCUUUUGGAGAUGAAGUAAGUAACUUUCGAGAAAACUCAAAUUUUUUCGGUUUAAACAUUCGCAGUAGUCCUUUUAUAACUUCCUUAUCAAGUUGCUUAGAUUUGCAGUUUCGAGCAGCGCGGAAGGCUGCAGAAGAAAUUGGUGCACAGGUGGUAUUGGGCGAUCGGCCGAUUGAAAUUACUCUUGAUCGGGCUUGGAAUUCUCUGAAAUGGAAGGAGAAGGUGAGUCUGUUGAGCUCUGUUAUUGGUGGAAUAACACAAUCAUCCAACCUAUCCAAGGAAGCAGCAAUGAAGGAACCAGAUGCUCCGGAUAGCAACUUCCAGCUAUAUGAACAAUUGAGCUUUUCAUAUCCAUCUCUGCUGCUGCCUCUGAUACACGAACGAGACACUUACCUGGCCUGGUCUCUGAAGAGGAGCAAAGCUGUAAACGGAAGCAAGAAAGUGGUGGGAGUGAUUGGAAAGGGUCACAUGAACGGAGUCAUAUAUUCAUUGAUGUCAGAUACAGGAAACUUGCGGUUCCGAGACCUUGCAGGAAAGAGAAAUUCAGGGGAUGGGUCUGGUUGGGUUGUUGAUGCUUCGAAAAGCUUGAUAAGAGACACUGUAAUCACCAUUUUGCUCUGGCUACUGUAUGAGAAGAUUAUUACUGCAGGUGCAGGGUCAUGA